GCCUCACGACAUUUUCGGCAGCGCUAUUGUUGCUCUGUGCUCGCGGCUGUCGUAGACAUUAGCCCGCAGCAAACAAUAACCAGCUUCUGUUUACAGGGAAAAUGCCAGGUCUUGUAAUCGCCUGACGCCCUUUUCCUCGUAAACACAACAUAGCUCGUCUCUUUUUUGUUUUAAAUUCAGGCACGUUGCUGGCGCAGAGCUAGCUAGUUCGAUUAGCACUCAUUGCAAAAAUGAAUUCUAACACGCACGUCAUUCAGGUGACUAAUGUUUCCCCGAGCACAACGUCCGAGCAAAUGCGGACUCUGUUCGGAUUCCUCGGAAACAUAGAGGAGCUCAAACUGUUUCCACCUGAGUGAGUAUUGUAAAAUAUAAAUAAGUAAAACGCUAUUUUGCCGAGCUAAAGUUGUUAAGGGCUGGGCCUCUCAUUAGGCCUGCAGAGCCGAGUAGGCCUCAUGCUAAUGCUAACGUUUCCCCGCGCCUUUAGUGGAAGCUUCAGCAACCAUGAGGGACUAAUACUGAUAAUUUAUCCUGUUGUGUUUGUUAGAGAGAUUUAGGACAGAAUGAAAUGUCCCGUCUUAAACAGACUUAGUGGUGUGAUAGCUCCCAGUCGUACAUGAGAAUUAAACCAGUUGUGUUUGCUUCAUUAACUUAGCCACCAAUCUGAAAGUAGGUUUACAAAAUGGUAAAUAGAAGUUUCCAUACCAAGUGUUUGUUUAAUCUAAAACACAAAGAUAUUAAAUUGACAAUUAACAUAUUUGAGUUAUUUAUGAUAGCGUUAGCAUGGCAUUUUUGUUUGAUAAAUGACCCCUACAUUUGUAUUGAUUAUAGUUGGUGCGAUUGGUUCGUUUUUUCAGCCCUGCACAAAGCCUUUCUCUGCUUAACAAAACUGUAAAUGGGAUAUUUUUCAAUGUCUUCUUGCUAUGACUUUCUCUUUGUGAUUUGUAUAUACUAAAAACUUAAUUGAGUAAUUAUCAGAUGAAUCAAUGAGGACCAUGACUUUCGUCUCUAGAUUCAAGAAGUCACAGCUGCAGUAUUUCCUUAAGUAGUAAAUCCUGAUUUAUACAAAGUGGAAAACCAGACUAAUUCAAUGCCAGUCACUUCCUGUGCCCAAUUUCUAAGGUCCCUGCCUCUCACUUGGGAUGCUAAUACAUAAUAUACAGUAUUUCAAAGUUGGCUAUAGUAGGAAAUAAUUGUUCUCUGCUUUGUAUUUUCCUGUAUCCAAUUACACCUGGCUUGUCAGCAGGUAGGAGAUGUCGAGGACUAACAACAACAAAGGUUCAAAGCGUCAGUGAUUGACAGUGAUUCUCAACAAAUUUGUCAAUGAGAGUUGUGAUUACACUAUAUACGCUACAAAAUAUAUCCUAAGAUUCAUUGUUUGCCUAAAUCGAGGAUGUAGAGACUGUAUAUACCAUGAUCCAUUUUUAAGUUACUUGUCCCUGGGGACACAAAACUCAAUCAGGUCAGUUUGAAGAAGGCAUGUUUUCUCCUUGUUUGUAUUCUUUGCACAACAUAUCUGUAUUUUCUUCCAGUGACUCUCCCUUGCCUGUGACUUCACGUGUCUGUUUUGUAAAGUUCCUUGAGUCUGAGUCGGUGGGAGUUUCCCAACACCUGACGAACACCGUCUUCGUGGACCGAGCUUUGAUCGUGGUCCCUUUUGCUGAAGUGGACAAGUCAUUUGCAGAGAGCCCCUUCCUUGCUGGCUGAAAGUGGUCCUCUGCUGCCAUCAGGAGAUUAGAAAAAAUAAUGGCACCAGGCUCGCAAGCCCCCUUCUCUCUCUUGUUCUCCAGUAAAAUAUUAAUUCUUUAUUUUGUUUCUCUCUGUUUAAGGCAUCUUUUUUUUUUUUAAAGGAUAGCCACACAACUCUUAAGCAAAAUGAGGGGGUGGUGGGAGAGGGUGCAGGGAAAUCUCAAUACCUCACAUGUUUAAAUACAUUUUACAUUUAAAUACAUUUCAAUGAGCAGCACCAGACUAGGGAUGCCCCGAGCAGAUCUGCUGGUUUGUAUCGAGGCAGAUCAAAUCUGAUCAAGACAUAUUUAAAUGUGUGGCUUUGACUUUGAAUCAUGCACACUCUCUGAUCCUCUGUUUAUAUUUAAACCUUUUGCACGAAAGGAACACCAGUUGUUACAAUGUUCCAUUGUGCUUGAACCAAUACGCAUUCUGCAGCUGUUUCACAGCUCUUUUUUAAAAUAAAUAUAUUGUAAGAAAUUUGUAGCAUACAUGCAUGUAGUUUCUUUGCUGCAAAAACAAUUAGCUAGCUGUAGGAAAACAUUGAUCCCUGCACAUGCACUGCUGUUUUCAGUUGCUGGCUGAUGAGACAUAUCUUUUAGGUUUAUUGGGCAGGGCUAUAGCGGGCACUUUGCUAAUGUCUCCUAGCUCCAGGUGUAAAUUGUCCCGCCCUAAUAGAUGUAAUGGCAGUCUUACAGGUCCACUCGGUGCUAAAGAGAAGUCUAAUCUGCCUAAUACCUGAUCAUUUCUCCUGUGUGGGUGUUUAGGGCGUAGCCUUGUUUUCCUUUAAUGCAGAGCUGUUUCCCAAACAUAUACAAACUGAAUCUCCUUACUAAGUGUAAUAUGCUGCUGUAACAAAAACAAUUUCCCAAUUUGGGAUCAAUAAAGUACGAUCUAUCUAUCUAUCUAUAUUGGCUUGAUUAUAGCUGAAUAAUAAAGGAAAAUAUAAAUAUUGGAUCGGGACAUGGCAGAAUGGAUAUAUUAAAUGGCUCAGAUUGGGGUUAAAUGUUCGGGGCAUCCCUACACCAGCACAAAGCAUGCAGGGUAGACGGACUAAUCAGCUGUGCAUGCUAGAAUAGAUUUUGAAGGUGUGUGCCAUCCUCUACAGUUAGACUGAACAGGUGUUGUGGAAGUUGAUUAACAUGAUAAGCGCACAAACUGCCUUUGGCAUUUACCUGCUGAAUGUGCCAAAGCCUUUUGAUAUUUUAAACUGCAUCUGUAUUUCCAAAUUUUCCCUAACAUACCAGAUGAAAGUAGUUUCUCUGCUUGAUGUUGCAGUACAAAUGCUUUUUAUUGACCCUCUCCACACAUGAGUUGAGUGAAUCUCACAUUUAACAGUGGUGUUUCUUUUGUUGUUGUGUUUUACAGUUCUUUUUCCUGGUUCAGCCAGCCCUAUAUACCAGGCCCUCCUGAAAAUGCCACCAACAGUUUUGUCUUCUGCAGCCUUAUCCUGUUUCUCAAGUGUCCUUUCUGUUGUGUGGGCGCAUGUGUGUGUGUGUGUGUGUGUGUGUGUGUGUGUCUCCCUCUCUCCCCCCCUUUUUAUUUUUUUUUUUAAAGUAAAAUGUCAGAUUAUAAAUAGUCUGUUUUCAGAUUGCACCAUGGAUGAUCAUCUCCAUAAGAUUGUCCCUUUAGAUUUUCCUGUUUGGUUUCUUCAGCUCUGGGCACAUUUGUCAUGAUUUUGUCACAGCUUUAAUAGCCCUUUAAUGUUAAGUGCAGUUUAUCUUUGAUAUUGUUUAGUGCUUUUAGUGACAAACUGUUGGCUAAAAUUUAGCAGUAUUGUAGCUUGUUGGCAAUACUUGAUCUGGUCUCCAAUUUUAAGUGUUUCUGUUUUUUGGUGGGAUUGUACAAAGUAACCACCAACAAAAGCCCAGAAAAGGUAAUAUGUGUGAACCUUUUCUGUUUUAGUAUAGGUAAUGGUAAGUGAUGUUGAAAUGUAUCCUUGUCUACACCCAAAUCAUGAACUUUGUUUUCUGUAUCUCAAUGUUUUUGUGUGCUUUAUAGCGAAGCAGCCGGCACGAGUCGCUUGUUCAUAAAACAUCUAAUGAAAGUUGAGAGCACAUCCCACGGGACAACUGGCUGUGCUUGCUUACGUUUGGUUCAUGACUUAAAAAUCAAGUACAGGUGAAAAAAUCUUGGCAGUGUUGACCACAGUGUGUAUUGUGACUUAUAAACUCAUAGCUGCUAAUCCUACAAUCAUACUUUCACAAAAAAAAGAGUCGGGGAUCAAGAUUUACAGACAAGACAAAAAAAGUGGAUUUUUCAUACUUUAUUUUUUUACCUCAGAGUAGUAAGAGGAGGCUUGUCUGCAAGUCUUGUCUGAGUGUUUAUCGAUGUUUGCGCCAUGCGUGUACUGAAAUGUUUUUGUUUUUCUCCAGGAGUCAUUCCUGAUGAAUCUAAAGCUAUGUCGCUGCUCGCUCCGGCCAAUGCCGUGGCAGGAAUGAUGCCGGGGGGGGGCCUUCUUCCCACACCCAAUCCUCUGAUGGGAGGGAAUCCAUUCGGGGGGCUUGGAGUUCCUAACAUGGAGCAGAUGGCUGCCAUGGGAAUGCAGGGCCCCAACAUGAACCCCCAGGCUCUUUCUGCAGACUUCCUUAAGCUCAUGCAGUCCAUGGACCCAAAAAUGAAUCCAUUAGCAGCCGGAAUGGGCAUGAAUCCAGGGAUGAAGAACGAUGCCUCCAAUAAGGAGAUUGAAGAGGCCAUGAAGAGAGUCCGAGAGGCGCAGUCUCUCAUCUCUGCCGCCAUCGAGCCAGGAAAUAAAAAGGAUGACAAGCGUAAACAUUCCCGCUCCCGUUCGCGUUCCCGGCGCAGGCGCUCCAGGUCUCGCUCAAGACACAGACGUUCGAAGAGCAAAUCUCGACGGCGGUCCCAUUCGAGGAGCAGCAGGAGGAGGUCUAAGAGCCCCCGCAGGAGGAGGACUCACUCUCGAGACCGGAGCCGCCGCAGUAAAUCCAGGGACAGGAGGAAGGAGGAAAAGUCCAAGAAAAGGUCAAAGACGCCUCCAAAGAGCUACAGCAGUGCCAGGAGGUCCCGAAGCAUCAGUCGGAGGCACAGGCGAAGCCGAAGUGCAACUCGGUCCCCCAAGAAGAAGCUGUCCAGGUCUCCAUCGCCCAAACGUCACAAGAAGGAAAAAAAGAAGGACAAGGAGCGUGAGAAGGAAAGAGACAGGAGGGAGGACAGAGAUCGCAGCAGAGAUGAGAGAGAACGCUCCAGCAGCAAGAAGAAGAAGAGCAAAGACAAAGAGCGAGAUCGCGAUCGCAAGUCUGAUAGCGAGAAGGGAGACGUGAAGGUGACCCGGGAUUACGAUGAAGAGGAGCAGGGUUAUGACAGUGAAAAGGAAGGACUGGAGGAGGAUGACGAUGAGAGGAAGACCGACUCUGACUCCGCCUCAACCCCCACCCGCAAAGGCCUGGAGGAGAUAGAGAGAUCCGAGGGCCAAAUCCCCAAAAAGUCCAAACUAAAUGGAGACGACCAUCACCAGGAAGACAUGGAGAUGAGCGACUAGGAGCGUCCCGAACCAGACCGUGUUUUCUGUCCACUGUCCUGUUUUAUAUUUUUAAUAUAGGCCACAACAUGUCGGUGCCUGUUCACUCAAAGUUGAAAAGAUUUGUUGUAUUAACUGUAGAAGCAUUGGGGUGGUUUAAACGGAAAGCAGUUCAAUAAUUUUUGUAAAGAAAGGAGAAAAUAUGGACUAAAUAUAAAUAACAUGCAACGUGGUUUUUAAUUGUCAAUGCUGUACUUUUUUAAGAUCCUGUUGAAUUUUCUUUUUGUUGCCUUUGUGUUCAAAUGUUUUACUGGCAGUAAAAUACUCAGCGUUUCCCACUAAAAUGCUGUCUGUAAAUAUUUACUAGUCAGGAUCAAGUCCUUUCUUCCCUCAGACUGUUAGUCCCUCACCACCCAGCACUGGCUUCAUGCUCAUGCUUUUGGUUGCCGAAUCAUUUUUGUUUAACUGUAAUGCACAAUGUUGUGUUCGUGCUGACCUUCCUAUUUACAACUCUUUGUAAGUGUACACUGUAGAUUGAAAUGUGUUAUUGCAACGAAGUCAGUAGGUUUUCCAAAGGAAACUAAUAAAAUUGGGUCAAACUGUCAA